AGAUGGCAAGAAUCAGACGAAUGGAGAAAGCUGUUUGCUGGAGCGACGACAGAUACUGGGCAACUUGGGACAAGUGGGGAGAGGUGAUUGACUGGGGAGAUGAGAAAGAGCUGUGCUCCCCAGCAGAAUCACCUUCUGACCAGGCUGACAGUUCCACUGAGUCACAUUCCCGAAGGCGAAUUGCCAAGGCAGUUAGCUGGACGGAUGAUGCUUAUUGGGCAGCCUGGGACAAGUGGGAAGAGAUCAUCUGCUGGGGUGAUGAAGAGGAGUGCUCCCAAGUAACUCCACCCACUAGCCAGCUUGGGAGGGAUAAGGGGAUAGAUGUACAUGGGUUGGAGGCUUUUGUGAUGAAUAACAGGACAAUCUCCAUAAAGCCUGUAGACAACCAUCGAGACAGUCUGGAGAUAGGAGCUGUGCUGGUAGACCUCUGCCAGUUUGAUCUCGAAUAUUUAGAUCAAAGUAAAUUUGAUUUUGAAAUUGUACAAGUACAAAUUGGAGAAGUCAAAGUGGAGGAGACUAGUGAAAAGGCUUUUGAAAAAGCAUUUGAAUUGGAAAUUGUGGAUGUGGCAGUAGAAGUUAUAAACAGUGAAUUCCAGCUGAAUGCUAUAAAUUUGGAUAUUGUUGAAACUAAGGUGGACAAAUUAUUAUUGGAAGAACUGAUUAUUGGCGAUUUAGAAGCAGGCAAUGUGAAGGUGUCAGUGUCAAAUGGCAAUGUGGUGAAGGUACCCUUAAGGUACCCUUCACCACAGAGGAACAGAAGGACCAGGCAACCUUAGACCAUACUCUCUGGUGGUUGACUCGUGGCAACUGGACUUGUCUCUGAAAGUUAGAAACGUUUCGCUGCUCAUCCAAGCAGCUUCUUCAGACUGAGGGAGGUAGUAAGUGUCCACAUAUUUAUCCUCCUGGGUAAGUAGUUUAAGGGGGCUCGUUGAGUGAAACAAAGUGGGGGGGGGAGUUGCGGGUAGAUGUAACCAUCACACCUUAGCAGUCCCUCCUACUCCAAUAGAGUGGGUCGUUAAGGGUGGUCCACCUGGUGGAGGUGUGAAUUGGGUCUGUUUUUUUCCUGGAAAUUAUUUUUGUUUUGGCAAAUGAUGAGAGGGCCGCAGGUUAAAUUGGAGACAGGUUGUGCCUAAUGCCUCUACCUCUGUUGAGUGAGGGGUUGUGCAUUUGCACAUGCAAAGCUGCUUGGACGAGCGGUGAAACGUUUCUACCUUUCAGAGAGGUACAAUGUCUUUGGAUGUCUUUUGUCUUAUGCAGUCUGGGAGUUGACUGAAUGCUGGGGUGGGGGUAGCUUUUCCUUUGUAGUGGGGUCCGGUGGGGUGCCUUGGGCUCUGUGGGGCCCGGUGGUGCUGCUGCCUUGGGCCCCGGUCUGGAUGGGCCUGGGCCCCCCUCCCUGGAUGGAUUUCGGGGAACGGGGAGUGCCUAUGGGGGUCAGCGGGGGAGCUGGCUCCGGGGGGGGAGGUAUUUUGCCCCCCCCCAUUCCUUUCCUCCCCAUCCCUAAAUGCUUCCCUCCUCCCGCUCCAUCACACCACCACACAUGUAGGGCUUUGAGGUGUAGGUGCGUUCCUGGGAUGCAGGGUAGGUAUUCCUCCUCUGUCCCCUCGCGACCACCUGUACCUCAUUCAUACACUACAACGUAGACACUCUCAUUACUUACUCUCUCAUGACACAUACAUUUAGGGCGUUGGGGAUGGGCACACAGAAUGGCAUCCAGAGGGCGGUCUGUUCAUUCAGCCUUACCUCUGGUGCCAGGGCCCACAUCUCAAUUUUAAUCACACAUAGACAUUGAGGGCUCUGGGGAGAGGCCGAGCUAACACCAGCUGUUGGUCGGCAGGGGGUGGUUAGUGCCAUGCCCUUCACCUGUUUUAAAAGCACUUUAGAACAACACACACCAACACCACAUCUGAGCGGGCGAAGGGGGG